GUGCUUUGCUGUGGCGUGCAGUGUACUGUUAGUGUUACAUGUAGUUACUUAUUGGGGAUUGAGUGUAAUGCAUGAUUGAAAUUUGUAAGAAACUAGUGAUUCUGUUUUUCCUUAUUUGACAUUUACAGAAUCCGACUCUGCGUUCUCCAAGAUGGAUUCUGCUGAGUCUCAGGACAAAGUCGUAGAGACAGCAUCCAAUCCGAAACAAGAAGGGACAGUCGCACUGAUUCAAGAAAUAAUCCAAGACUCACUCGCCAAGUUGAAUUCAUUACCGUCGACAUCAGACCGUCCGAGAAACCAGCUCCGUCGUAGUCUGAGCUACCCACCCACUUUCACUCACAUCUGCAAGGAGUGCACCGGGUUGUGUGUUUGUCCAUCAUUCCGAUACUUCACUGACGAGGAUGACAACAAGACGAACUCAAGACGUGGUAAGCUUCAAACAAAGAGAUGCCAGUCUUGCGUUCAGGAUUGCAGCUCAAUGUCCCUCGCCUCUUUAGAUAGUCUUGGAGAUAUUAUGAUCAACGCCGAUGAGCCAAACCCGACGGCGAGACCUGAGAAGGUCUUGUUCCCACAAGGUGAGGAGGAAUAUGCAGAAUGUCAAGUUUGUCUUGUCUCUAAGAUGUUGCAUCACCGCGCUUGCUGCAGCAUGCCCAUCUGCGAUCUCUGCGUUCAGACGUAUGUUAGAGAGAAGGUGAACCGUCGCGUUGUCAUCAUCCGCUGCUUGAAUCCCGCUUGUCACUGCUUCAUCUUCAAGGAGGAGAUCUUACAUCAUUUGAGUUCGGAGUUGUACGAUAAGUUUCUGCGAUUCUUGGCUGAGGAUAACGGCGAUCCGAGUCAGAAGACGUGUCCGCAGUGUAACCGCAUCGCACACUUUGAUAUUGACGUCAUGAUAAGGACUCAUAAAACCCGGCAGAAUGAGCAGAAAGUGGCCUGUGCCUGCGGCCUGCUGUGGUGUUUCCGCUGUCACGCUCCGUGGCAUCCCAACAUGUCAUGUAAGGAAUACUUCAAAGGGGAUCGGCUACUCAAGUCAUGGGCAAAGGAGAGACACUUUGGUGAACCCAACGCUAAGAAAUGCCCCAAAUGCAAGGUUUAUAUACAACGAAGUGUUGGGUGCGACAACAUGACUUGCAGUCGUUGUUUUACGUCGUUUUGUUAUAGCUGUGGAGGCCGUUUUUAUAGCUUGCGGUAUUUUGGGAAGCAUUCUUCACGCUUCAGUGUGUUUGGCUGCAAGUAUCAAUUCAAGCCCAACGAACCGGUCAAGCGUAUCAUGAUCCGGGGAACUCUAUUUGGUUGUCAAUUACUUGUAGCUCCUAUAUGCUUGACUGUCACCGUAAGUUUCCUUGGGGUUUUGCUCCUGGCUGCUGGACCUUGGUAUCUCACCUCACGGGCUAGACGAGUUUACAUACGCAAAAAACAUCAUAGAAAAUUCAGAAAAGAAGCAAGAAUUUACCAACAGUAUUUAGACGAGAAAAAGGAGUUGUAUAGCGGGAGAAAAACUUCAUUGACGCCCCGCUCAGCGACCCCUGUUGACCUCCCAGCAUCACCAUGGCAACCACAUACUGAAUGUAUUGAUGACAUCAGGCAUGAUAACAUUCCAGUAGUCUGAUUCCCGAUUUGUUUUGCCCUUGGUAAAAAUGUCAACAAUAAGAUUAAGAAUAUCCCUAAAUGUCUAUUAAAAGCUUACAUCUUUUGUACAUGUAGCUCAGCCCUUGUCCUCGAUACAAUAUUCCUAUUUAUAUCCCAGGGAUCAAGUAUCAUGCCUGUGCUGUAAAUCCAGAGGUAUAAGAAGUAUUAUGCUCCGUAAACACAGAAAAAUCAUCUUUGCUACUUUGCAAAUACCAAAGUUAAACAGCCAGGGUUGUGUGGUGGGCACUGCAAGACAACUUUAAACUGUACAACCUUUUUCAGUGAUGCGCUGCGAAACUUGGACAAACUGUAGAGGGCGCUCUGUGUUACGAAAUCAUACGUAUUGAGAGUUUCUGUAAGAACGUUUCAGUCUACUUCAACCAAAUUAAAACAUUGCUAAAGUUAAUAUAUUUGCCACUUCUUUCCCCAUUUACCAUGUAGUAUUUUCUUGUAUUCCAAAUCAUUCAUGUCAUUGUAAUCAUUAAAUGAGACUUCUAAAUCUGUGAUUGACCUAUUUAGGUGUGUAUGAACAGUUUGAAUGUUUGAUAAUGUAAAUAUAUUAGGAUAUAUGUACAUGUAUGUACAGAUGAUUAAAAAGUAUUAUUUAAAAAAUGAAAGAAAUGAGUUGUCUAUGCUGAUGUCAGUUGCAACCUUUUCUGAUGUAAGUUGCAACCUGUAAGAUUUAUCGAUCAAUGUAUUUUUUCUUUUUCUUCAAUAGUUUAUUUUUGUAAUGAUAACCUGUAAAUGUUGUUUGAGACAUUGUGUUGGUUGUUUGAUUGUUUGUUUGCUUGUUUUUCUUGAAGAAAGCAGAUAACAGUAUUACAUAAAAGGUGUGACCAGAGGUUAAAGCAUACACUUGUUUAACUUAUAUUUUUUGCCAGACACCCGGGCUUGAGAUUUAUACUGAGGCCAACGAAUGAAGCAUUGGGCUUUUAUUGUAAACUCAGGACCAGACAGUUCAUGGGCCCAAAUCUGUCAAUCAGUGCGUUCACGGCGCUCCAACAUUAUUACCCCUGGUCAAAGGGGGCCAUUUAUUUCAUUCCUUUAAGUCAUCUUAGCUCCCUGGG